AUGAGGCGGUGGGCAGCAAGCAGUGUUAAAGUUGGACAAGACCGAGGCAAAUAUAAGAAGGAUUUGAUUUUAUCUAUACUCAAGUCGACUACUACUAAAAGAGAGGCUAGAGAGUAUCUUAUGAAAUAUGGUACCGAGCUGCUUUUAAGUGGAAUGGAUUCUCCUUCGCAAGGUAGAAGCAUUCUAUGGAAUAAAAAAGCGUUGCCCGGCCAAUUGAUUGACAGUGAAGUGUUCAGAUCGGAAACAAAAAUGACAUCGCCUAAACAACUCGCCCUUAUCCGGUUACCAACAAAUCUUUCAAAUGCAUCUUACAAAAGUAUGAUUGACUCUUUCGACGCUUUGAGAUUACUUGGCAUUUCAAUUGUUUUCCUGCUAGACGAUUCAAAUGAAUGCAAUAAUCGAGGUGAGCGAGAUGUAUCAUACCUUCGAUCUCGUGCUCUCGAUAUCACCAAAGCGUUUUCCUCCCAUUCUGCAAGAGCUCUCCACGUUACUCCCUUGAUGUCAGCAUUCAUCAAGAGAAAUGGUGAGGUAACCGUCUCAGACACCAAUCAUAUCACCUUCCCUCUUAUUCAGGGGAGUAUUCCUCUUGUAAUUCCAACUGCUUACAACACAAACCUUGGGAAAUACGAACGUAUUGAUGGACAGGUUGCACUUUUGACUACUAUCAUAGGACUUGAUAUGUCGAAGUUGGCCGAUGUUCAAAAAAUCGUAUUCAUAGAUUCCUUAGGCGGAAUUCCUUCCAUCGAACGUGGACGAACUAGUCAUGUUUUCAUCAAUAACUCGCAAGAGUAUUCUGAUAUUGUUUCAGAGUUACACAUCGGCUUCAUCGAGCCUGAAGUGAGAGAGCGGCAUCUAAUUAAUCUAUCGAACAUGCGAGAGCUUCUUCUUGCUUGUUCUAGCUUCUCGGAAACUACAGGGAUUAUUCUUCGCCCAGAGGAUAUGUUUCAAAAGCUGAACGAGCUAAGUCCUGUUGCAUACAACGUCCUCACAGAUAGGCCCAUUGUUUCAUCCUCAUUACCUCUGAGUCGAUCACGUACACCUCAAGUCACCACUUCUAUAAUCAAGAAUGGGUUUGAUGUUCGCGUGCUCUUUGCAAACGAUAAUAAGGCAAAAUUUGAAUCUUUAUGUGAGGAUAAAAGUAUUAGCAGAGAACAAUUUAUUUCAAUGAUCAAUGACUCUUUCGGCAGGACAUUGAAGUUGGAGUAUUUGAAUCGCUUAAAUAGCUGUCUUGAUUGUAUCAUCAUCAUUGGUGAUUAUGACGGAGGCGCGGUGAUCACAAGAGAGUGGUUGUCUACGGGUCAGACCGUUCCAUAUCUUGACAAAUUCGCAAUUCCAAAACGCAAUCAGGGGCUACCUAGCUUAGCAGAUGUUAUUUUUAAGGCUAUGUUGCAGGCGUACCAGGAUGAGAUCAUCUGGAGGUCUCGCAGUCUGAAUCCGGUGAACAGGUGGUAUUUUGAGAGAAGCAACGGAUCAUACAGCUACCCAAGUUCACCCUGGAGAUUAUUCUUUGCUGGCGAAUCUUUCAACAAUAAAAUUUCUAGAGAAUUUUCUCUGAAGAUCUCAUCAUAUUGGGACUUGAUUAAGUCGAUACCUGCCUCCUUUACGGAUGCCUAG